AUGUCAAGGUCCCGCCACAGAAGCUCUGCGUCCCCGCAUCUCAGCUGCCCGGAGCAGCGGGAGCCCGCGGGACGACAGCAGCGGCUUAACGACCAGACAAGUAGAUAUGAGCCAGGUUACUGCGUAGCGUGCGUAAUCGUUGGAGAUGGCUUCCGGUCGGUACGUUACCGCACCUUUACGCUUCAGCGCGCCAACAACCAGAGCGCUGAUGGCUACCUGGGCAAGCACAAAACUAAGGGUACCCAUCACGUUCAGGUUUGCAAUGGCACAAGGUACUGCAGAAAAGGUGAUGGAGUCCCUAUGCCCCCUAAGAUGGAGAACGGGAAAAUUAUAAAACAGACAGAGGCAUGCGGCAUUAGUAAGGACCUUAAGGUAAAGGACAUCAAGGAGACCUAUUUGCAGAAGGUUGCGUCUUAUAUCGAGGCCAACUUCGUCACAGGAGAUGCUCUGCGGAGGCAAAUCCGCGAAAAUGUCGCGGCGGAGGUGGCCAUCAACUCGCAGCGCGGGAUGCAUCACAUGCAGUUGUCGCGGCAGCCCAAGGCGGGGAUGAUACGUAGCCCGCUUUUUGCAAAAGGCGCGAAGCGCUGA